AUGUCUGGUAUUAUUGAAGCUUCAUCUGCUUUAAGAAAGAGAAAACAUUUAAAAAGAGGUAUCAAUUUCACUGUGAUGGUGGUAGGUGAGUCUGGAUCAGGUAGGUCUACUUUUAUCAACACAUUAUGUGGACAGCAAGUGGUCGACACGUCCAGCAGUAUCCUUUUACCAACUGACACUUCCACAGAGAUUGAUUUGCAACUAAGAGAGGAAACCGUUGAACUGGAAGACGAUGAAGGUGUGAAAAUCCAGCUGAAUAUUAUCGAUACACCAGGGCUUGGUUUAUCGUUAGAUAACACAUCCUCCUUUGAGAUUAUAUCUGAUUAUAUCCGCCAUCAAUACGAUGAAAUUUUACUUGAAGAGAGUCGUGUGAGAAGAAACCCAAGAUUUAAAGACGGUAGAGUCCAUGUUUGUAUAUAUUUGAUUCAGCCAACAGGUCAUGGACUCAAGGAAAUGGAUGUAGAAUUCAUUAGACAAUUGGGGACACUAGUUAAUAUUAUUCCAGUUAUCUGUAAAGCCGAUUCCUUGACAAGGGAAGAAUUGCGAACUAAUAAAAAAUUGAUCCAAGAAGAUAUUAACAGAUUUAAUUUACCAAUUUACGAUUUCCCAUUUGACGAGGAUGAAAUCUCUCAAGAGGAUUAUGAAACAAACAUGUAUUUGCGUUCCUUGAUUCCAUUGUCAAUGAUAGGUUCUAAUGAUGUUUUUGAAGAUAGUGAGACGAAAACUAUGAUACGUGGUAGAAAAUAUAACUGGGGUACGAUUGAUGUAGAGGAUACAAAUUUUUCGGAUUUUGUUAUAUUAAGAAACACUUUGUUGAUAUCUCAUUUACAUGACCUAAAAGAAUACACUCACGAAAUAUUGUAUGAAAAUUAUAGAACUGAGGCAUUGUCUGGAGGUAAAAACAUGUCAGCGAAUAACAUGGACUCAAGAUUAAAAGGAAAUAAUCAAAUAGUUAGGUUGGGUGUUAAUAGCAAUUCCAUGACCAAUAACAGUAAUACAAGCACGCCAACAGACCAACACUUUGAUGGACAGCAAACAAAACAAAUAUCCAAUCAAUCAAGCACAUAUCAAUCGGGAUACAAUGCCCCUAUGAAUGACAACGAUACUUAUUUGGCUCGUGAAGAACAAAUCAGAUUGGAGGAAGAAAGACUUAAGGCAUUUGAGGAAAGAGUUCAACAAGAGCUGUUACUAAAAAGACAAGAGUUACUUGCUCGUGAACAGGAAUUAAAAGAAAUUGAGGCACGUUUAGAAAGAGAGGCACAAGAAGGUUUAUACAAUGAAGAAUAG